AUGUUCUUCAAAAGUCGGCGUUUCGACGGUGGCAGAGCUGACGUGUCUCCGCUCGCUGGAAGUAAUGACCACUACGGUCAAGUAGGUUCUUUUCGUCGCCCCCCUUCUUUAGAGUCGUCUGCGGCGCUGAGAGAGCAAGAAGUUGUGGGUCAAACUAUUGCCGAGCUUCAAUUGCUUCUCGAUCUGGACGAGCAGUGCCAACAGGCAGCAAGGGAGUUGAAACUCCAACAGCUUGUCCUCAUGCGAGAACGAAACGCUUACCUGAAGAAGCUCAGAGAAAUUGAAGGCCUGUGCGAAGCGAGGGCGUGGACAGACGAGCAACGAAACGAAAGGGAGCUGGAGCUGUUGUCUCUCCUCAAAGAAAUCCUCUACUCCGAAGAAGCUGCCCCGUUCUAG